UUCUCUCAACAAGUUAACCCUUAAAGUCCCGUCAUCCUCUGGCACAUAGCACUUGUAGGGCCGUUAUCCAAAAAAAGCCUUUGAAGUGUUACGCUGAAAAAUAAAAUAAAUUACUUGAAAUAAGAUUUCAACUCAUCGAUAAAAUUGGCGGAAGAUUUUAAUUUAAUUUAUUAUUUUGAAAAUUCACAGAAAACUUUCAUAAUUGAUUUAAAAAUGUACACAUUCAAGCCGCACGUUUUUACUGAACACUCUCCCAACGGCGAUGCAGAACCUGAAGGAAGAUUUCAAUCGACAAUACGAUGUAAUGGUAAAAAUUUAUAUAUUUACGGAGGUAUGGAUUCAAAUGAUCUCGAAAACUAUGCUUUUCGUAAAAUCUGGGUGUAUAAUUUAGCUAGGCAACAAUGGAGAUUAAUGAGAACUGAAAGUAAUUUGCCAGAUAAUAGUGAUUUCAGUUUUGGUACUAUUUUAGAAUCAAAUUAUUUAGUCAUUUACACAAUACGAUACGCUUUUGAUGACGAGCCGUUGACAAGUCGCGAUAAGUGUCGAUUACAUAUUUGCGAUUUAAAUACCGAAAGUGUACUUGUCCAGGGAACCAGUGGACAAAUUUCAUAUCCUUCCUAUGCACUUAAUUUGAUUCGUCAUGGAAAAUAUAUUUAUACUGUCGGAAUCGAAAAAGAUUAUGGACACUUUUCGGAUGUACAUAAAUUAAAUCUGGAAAAUCUUGUAUGGGAAGUCGUUUAUAUUUGCCGAGGACUUGAUGCCAAUGAACCAGUUGGUAGAAUAAAUCAUACUUUAGUUUAUGGUAACAAUAUGAUUUAUAUAUUUGGUGGUUUUAGUAGUCGUCCCGGACUUGAUACGUUUUCUUUCGUCAAAAUUUCGGCGUUUGAUUUAGAAAACUGCUGCUGGAAAAAGGUUGACACUUAUGGUGAUGAAGAUUAUAUACCGCACUAUCCAGUUGCAACAUGUGAUUUUGCGGUGACGAGUUACACUGAUCCAGAUUCGGGUGAAAUGAAUGUAAUUAUAUCUGGUGGAUUAGUGCGUGGUCAUAAAGAUGCCCUGAAUGACGUCUGGAGAUUGAAUCUCACAAGUUUAAAAUGGACGUGUCUUGAGAGAUUUGGUACUGUCUUGCCUUGCCCUGUUAAUGGUCAUUCAAUGACCAUUUCUCCUGAUGGAAAAUUAUUCACAUUCGGUGGAUAUAUUUUCAAUAAUGAUACGGAAGAAGGAAUUUGUAGUUCUACUUUACACUCAACUUGGCUCAGGAUUCCCAGACUCGAAGACAUUUGCUGGGAAGCUGUUUUUCAUUACUAUCCAAACUUGAUAUCAAUGACUGACAAAGAAAUUAUUGCUCUCGGCAUCCCACCGCAAUUACUCAAGUCUCAUAUUAAUUAAUAAAAUGAUUAUAAGUAAAAUCAUUGUAUUCAUUUUUUUAUUUAUUACACGCGAGCAUUUAAAAUCAUAAUGUUCAUAAAUUCAUUUGAAACCAAAUUUAUAAUUUUUUAAAUUGACGGUUAC